AUGGGGGAGAAGGAAACAGAGAUGGAGAAGAAGAAACCCAACCUCAACCUCACCGAGUUGAUUCCUGAAAUGACUGAUCUUUCUUCUGAUCAUGAGAACAAGAAGAUGAUGAUCAACGACAAAGAGAACCAGAACACCGUCGAUCUCCCUGAGGAUUUGAUUCUACUGAUUCUGGUGAGGUUACCUGUUCGAUCUCUCCUCCGCUUCAAAUCGGUGUGUAAGUCGUGGCUGUCUUUUAUUUCAAAUACCCAAUUCGCAAAGUCACAUUUUGAUCUAGCUACUGCAACCACUCAUUGUCUUCUUCUCAAAAGAAUCAAUGGUUCUUGCAGAGGGCUUAUUCUGUUAGCAAAAAUGAUGGGUCCAUCAGCUGGUGAUCUCAUUGUGUGGAACCCUUCAAAUAGUUUCCAUAGAGAAAUUCAAGCAACUUAUGGCUAUGAUGAUUGGGAUUCAUGGUAUGACACAUCAACAACCCAUGUCCGCCAAGGAAUUCCUCGUUAUGUUGGUUGUUUUUUGACUGGUUUUCUGUAUGGUUUUGGAUAUGAUCAGUCCAAUGAUGACUAUUUGCUUGUUUUGUUACGAUUUGGUAGACACGAACCUGAACCUGAAGCAAUUGAGCAUAGUCGUAACGGCCUUCUUGUUCGUAUGACAUAUGGCGGACCUGAAGUGACUACAUUUUCGCGGCCUCGGAUUGAAGUUUUGUCUGUGAAAACCAAUGUGCCUUCCUUCAUUUAUGGUGAAGAGUUUGAAUAUGUGGAGCUCGGAAGUGAGUCUGCAUCUGGAUUUUUCUUGAAUCAGUCCCUGCAUUGGUUGGUCAAAUCCAAGGCUACAGGGCUUCAUGAAUUGGCAACACUUGAAAAUUAUCAUUUGAGGGUACUGGGAGGAUGUCUUGGUCUGUGUUGUAAUGGUGCUGGUGAUGACCACGAAAUGACUGAGAUAUGGGUCAUGAAAGAGUAUAGAGUGCAGUCUUCUUGGACUAGAUCUUUUGUUUUGCCUGAGUAUGACUUUUUACCAAUAAGCUUCACUGAAGGUGGUGGUGUUUUUGGAUCAGAUAGUAGUGAAAGAUUUGAGAAAUUUGAUGAUAACGGAGAACUGCUGGAGGAUCACAAAUAUGGACAAGAGAACGAAGAUGUUUUUGAGGAUUUUGAAAUGUACAGGGAGACCCUACUAACACUCCCUAGUGAACUAUCUUGA